AUGCUUGAGGAAAAAAUUAACAGAGUCAUUAACGUUCUUAGACAUGUGGCCGGUGCCAGAUGGGGAGGCUCGACUGAUGGACUACUGCUAUUGCAUACAGCUCUAGUACGCCAGACUCACCAGACUAUCGCAUACUCCAUUCCUGUUUUACAUGGCCUCUCACCAACACUCGAAAAACGCUUGACAUACAUGAUUGCGCGAAGUUUGCGCGUAUGCCUUGGACUUCCCCGCGCAACAUCUAGUGACCUCGUCAUUGCUGAGGCCAAGGAACCUCCAGUACCUGUUCUCCGGGAACAAGAAACAUGCCGCCAUUAUCUUCGACUGGCUUCGCACUCACAUGCCCGACCCUUGUGCCAAAAGAUACUUCGACGGACGGAGUCUAGCUUUCACCGACUUCUCGUCGCACUACCCGUCGCAGCACCCCAUCAUGCGCAUUGGCUUCCAAGUCUAAUCAACCCUCCGUGGACAAUUCCGCCACUGGAGAUACAGACCGAAAUUCCUGGUCUUGGAUCAAAAUCUUCGGUGGCCCCCCUAGUGGCGAAGACAAUGUUCCUCUCCCAUUUAGAGGCACGCUACAAAGACAACAUUCAUAUUUACACAGACGGGUCAACAUCUAACAAGGGGUCAACAUCUGCUUACUCAAUCCCGAUGUUAGACAGAUUUAAAUGUUUUCGAUUGUCCCAUCAUACAUGCUCGACGUCAGCGGAAUUACAUGCAAUACUUUCAGCAUCAUCAUUCAUUGAAGCAUUCGGUACACCAUCAAACUGGGUUAUUCUAACAGACUCAAGAGCAUCCCUAGAGUUAUUACAAGGCAUGCACCUUCGUACUUCCCAGGCGACCAUUAUAUAUCGGGUGCAACUCACGUUAGCACAAGCUCGACUCCACGCACAUAACGUCAGGCUACAAUGGAUACCGAGCCACUGCCAAAUCGCCGGAAAUGAAGAGGCUGAUCACCUGGCAGCUCAAGCUCACGAUGGUGACGCAAUGGAAGCGACAUCCUUUACCCCUGGAGAUGCAAAAUUCAUCCUUCGUCACUUACGCCAUCUACGUUGUCGGCAGUGCUGGCUAAAGGACACUUCAGCAGAGACUCUCCUACCAUAUAUCGACCCGGACUUUGAGCUUCCACCGCACACCGGGAUGAAAAGAAAAUACGACGCAUUAAUCCAUCGACUCAGACUUGAAGUGGCCUUUACUAACAGCUUUUUGUUUCGAAUUAAACGCCGAGAUUCGCCAAGAUGUGACUGUGGAGAACCAUAUCAGGAUGUACAACAUAUCCUCCUUGACUGUGAACGCUUUCAACAUGAAAGGCGCCGGAUGGAGAUUCGCCUUCAAAUAUUAGAUGAUAGACCCCUGUCUCUGACCAAGUUGUUGGGGCCCUGGCCGACGCGUAAAAAACAAGACAGAGCAAUGAAUAUCAUUCAUGACUUUCUAAAGGACACUAGAAUCGUGUAUGAUUAUUAA